AAGAGAAGUUGCUAGACGUCUCCUUGGUUAAAAAAACAAAACUUUUCUUUUACAGAACCGCGUGGUAGAACGAAGGCGAACAACAGCGCCAAGUGCCCUGGGAGUAUCUUGUGCAGUCGGCUACACCCUAUUCCUUUCCAUUUCCUCCAAUCACAAGGAAAGGGCAUGGCAGCUGAGGGUGAUCUUGACUUGUCAACACUGCAGUCUCAGCUAAGUGAAACUCAUGAAAUGUGGAAGCAGGAGAUGGAAAAACGCCAAGGCCAAGUAGAUGUGCUACAAGCCAAAAUUAUGGAGGUAAAGGCUUGCAUACAGGGUUCAGAGGAGGAAUCAAAGAAGGAGUUAGAUGUUCUUUGGCGAAGGGUAAAAACUACUGCAACAUUAUUGACCUACUUGAAAUCAAAAGCAAGAGUAAUGGCUGUUCCUGAUUUAGCCCAUAAAUCAUGCGGCAUAAAACUAUUAGAAGGAGUGGGGCUUGUGGAUAGAGAAGGUACACCAUUGUCUGGUUGGUCAAGGAAUGUUGAUCUCUCUUCAUUUGAUUGUCUGGAUGAAGAAGCAUGGAUUGGACUUAGUAGACAACAAGGUUCUUUGGAUGAACAAGAUGGAGCCUAUAUUGGCGAAUUAAUCCAGUCUGUGCAAAUGGUCACGGAUGUAAUGGAAGUACUUGUUAAAAGGGUUAUCAUGGCUGAAUCUGAAACUGCUAUUGAGAAAGAAAAGGUAACUUUAGGUCAGGAAGAAAUUCAAAAGAAGGCAGUCCAAAUUGAGAAUAUGUCUUUAAAGUUAGAAGAGAUGGAAAGGUUUGCUCUGGGUACAAACAGCAUUCUUAAUGAAAUGAGGCAGAGGGUUGAGGACUUGGUUGAAGAAACUUCUAGACAGAGGCUACGAGCUGCUGAGAAUGAACAGGAGCUUUCUCGUGUGAAGCGGGAUUUUGAGUCCCUGAAAUCUUAUGUUAGCAGUCUUAUUAGUGUAAGAGAAACUCUUCUUUCAUCGGAGAAGCAGUUUCAAACCAUUGAGAGGCUCUUUGAACGGCUAGUUGCAAAGACAACACAGCUAGAGGGUGAGAAAAUGCAGAAAGAGGCUGAAGUUCAGAAGCUUAUGGAAGAGAACGUGAGGUUGACUGCCCUUCUUGACAAGAAAGAAGCUCAGCUUUUGGCCAUGAAUGAACAAUGUAAAGUAAUGGCCCUAAGUGCUUCAAAUAUAUGAUCUGAUCUGAUUAGCUAUCUUGUUCUACUGCCUGUUGGCCUGUGGCACCUGGUUGCUUUGUUCCUAGCAGACACGAUGACCAGACGGGAGAACUGUAAGGUGGGACAAGCAAUGCCUGCAGAGGGAAGUUUGUGACGACGGAUACUUUCUGGAAAGUGUAACAUUAUGAAGAGAGCAGUGAACUUGAAUUAGUGCCAUUGUUGUGCUUUUGAAAAUUGGACCAUAAAGUGUGAAUGCAUAUUGUUGUGCUAUUGGAACACGAAUUUGGUGUAUUAAUGAAGUUGAAAAUGUCCAUCGUUCUUGUAA